GCCGGCGGAAGUCGUGGCAUGCACGUCAUGGCUACCUGUCUGAAAAAUCUGUAGCUAAACUUUCACUUUGUUCUGAAAGCACAACGAUUAUGGCGACGUUUUUCGGGGAAGUGCUGUCGGUUUACUCUCGGGCUGUGGAAGAAGACGACGAUGAGCUUGAUGAAAACGAGGAAGAUGAGCAAAUCCGCAGAGAGCUGGAGGAAAAAAGAGAGGUUCAUCUGCACUGGAGCCCUGAAGUCUCUGAGUCGCUGAAGUCUGGGAACAAGUUGCAGUGUUCAGACUUCAUCCUUGCUGUGGGACAAAAUGCUUCCAGUUUUCUGUCAGUGCACAUCCUGUCCACGCCAAACUGGGAUACAAUCGGACGUGCGUCGGUGUGGAACGAGAGGAGCCGAGCUGUAAUGGGGCAAAGCUGCGAGGAAUCGGCGUGUGUUUUCUACAGACACAAGGACAACCCAACAGUUUUGAUAUGCCAGGUGUCGUGCUACGUUGCAGAAGACCAGCUUUUUCAGUGGACAGAAAAGGUGUUUGACUGUCUGCAGCACAGAGAGUUGAAUGUGACGGUGCUGUCAGACACCUCUGUGGCUGAUUAUAAGACGGCAGACUAUCUGGGCGGCAGCUCCGCUCCCUUCCUGCGCUCUCUCCACACCAGUGCUUUUGGUGAUCAGCCUGUCUGCCAGUCGCUGGAGCAACCCAACAUAGUUACUGGACUUGCAGCUGCAGUACUGAACCACUGCCAGGUCCACCGCAUCGCCGCUGUUGUUUACCAGUGUUACAGUGAUGUCAUUGGCCCUGACUCUGUCACCAUGGAGACCUACAAGCCUGUGUUAACCAAACUUGGCAGAUCUAUACAGCUUGAUCCGUCUCCAAGCACAGAUGCCCUCCGCAAGUUUGUCAGGACCACCGACCUUCAGAGCAAUCUUUAUAUCUGAGUCCGUACUGCACACUCUGUAAUUCUAUUUUUCUGUCGUAAAAUGCUGUCAUUUUUUUAAAAUAAAGACAUUUAAA